AUGGCCUCAACUUAUGACGUCAAUGGUAUGUUUAAGGUUAAUGAUGAACAUGUAUUUGUGUGUAUGCUUACUCGUAGAACUGCUCAAGGCAAUCUUACCCCCUUGGAUUCAGAGAUAGAACGCACUUGCAAGUCGAAUAGGAAGCAAACGAAGGGAACUAGUUUGCCAAUUCACGACACAACGGCGGGUUCUACUUCUUCACAAGGGGAGGAGGACGAGAAAACACCACCAAACUCACCUGCACAUUCAACUCACGAGGACAAAGAGGAACCCCCAAGACGCGACAUGGCACUGAAGGAUGCUUUUGUUCCUACAGCUUCGGAAUCCCCCUCAUGCAUAGCUUACACACCACCGGGCAAUCAAGCCUUCUCCAUUCCUGUGCAGCUCCUGAACUCACUGCCUAAGUACUCGGGCACACCAUCUGAGGAUCCUAAUGUUCACAUUAGGGAAUUCUUAGAUAUUUGCAAGCUGCAAACCAUUCAGAACAUCCAACCAGAAGGACUUAGGUUACUUCUAUUUCCCUUUUCUUUAAAAGAUGAUGCAAAACGUUGGUUGUACUCGUUACCUGCAGGUAUCAUCACAACUUGGGAUGAAAUGGUUAAGAAGUUUUUGAAACAAUAUUUCCCCGCUCAACUGACAAAACGACUAAGGAGGGAGAUUCAAAACUUCACUCAAAAGGAUGGAGAUACACUAUAUGAAGCAUGGGAGGAAUUUCAGGAGUUGCAGAGGAAGUGUCCCCAUCACAACUUCAGUCUGAAUGACCUUGUCCAAUUUUUCUAUGAUGGGUUGGACAUAGCCAAUAGGGGCAGCGUUGAUUCUGCGUGUGGAGGGACUUUCAUGAAUAAAACCGGUCAAGAAGCAUAUAAUCUGAUUGAUGAUUUGGCCGACAACAAUAGACAAUUCUACACAAGGGAUAAACGUACAAGAGGACGUGGAGUGUAUGAAGUUGAUUCAAGGAACCAAAUGGUGGCUGUGGAAAGAAAGCUCGACAUGUUAAUGAAUGCCUUAGGCAAUGGCAUUAAAGCAACACCUCAGGUAUGCUCUAUUUGUUCCUAUUCUGAUCAUACUACUGAUAGAUGUCCUAUGUCUGCUAUGUCUGAGGAACAGGUGAAUUACAUGGGGCAACAAAGGCCCAAAUAUGACCCUUACUCGAACACGUACAAUCCGGGAUGGAAGGAUCACCCAAACUUCCGUUGGGGCGGUAAUGACAACGUGCUUCGACAUACUCAAGGCGUCUACAAUGGACCACCUGGAUUCCAACAAGGGGCCAAGCAGCAAGUCUAUCAACAAAAUCCUCCUCAACAAUCCUCAAGCAAGUCCUUGGAAGAACUAGUGAAGGAGAUGGCUUUGAACACUGCAUCAUUCCAAAAGGACACUGCAUCCUUCAUACAAGAGGCAAGAUCUCAACUCAAAGAGCAUGGUCAAUCCAUCAAGAAUUUGGAAAGACAAGUUGGGCAACUUGCAACAGAGAUGCAAACUAGACUUCCUGGCACCCUCCCUAGCACAACCGUUCAAAAUCCAAGGGAUGGACGUCGGGCUGAGCUUAAUGCAAUCACUCUAAGGAGUGGUAGACAAUUGGAAGAAAUCUCUGGGCACCAAAGAACAUCCAAGAAAGAUCAAGAAGAGAAGGAGGCGCAGAGAAGUUCAAGGGAGGAAGAGAGAAUCGUCCCUGGAGAGAAAACGAUCGAUCUCGGCCAUCUAAACGAUCGAUCGUUUAUGACCUCAGAAGCCAAACGAUCGAUCUCUCCAAUCCCAACGAUCGAUCUCACGGGGGUUGAUCAGAAUGUUCAUGUUUCUUCCCUUCCAAAGGUAAAAGAUCCUAAUCCUCCUAAGUUGGUUACUUCAUGUAUUCCUUUCCCUCGCAGGUUCAUGAGCUCCAAGAAAGAGCAAGAAGAGAAGGAUGUCUUGGAAACUUUUCGUAAAGUCCAAGUUAACAUCCCUCUCUUAGAUGCUAUAAAGCAAAUACCGCGAUAUGCUAAAUUUCUCAAGGAGUUGUGCAUUAACAAACGGAAGUACAAGGAGAAGGAAACUGUUGCUCUAAGUGAAGAAGUAUCCGCUGUGCUCUUGAGAAAGCUACCUCCUAAGUUGAAGGAUCCCGGAAGGUUUACAAUCCCUUGCACCAUUGGGGAUAAAAGGUUCGGUAAGGCUUUAUUAGACUUAGGUGCUUCAAUUAAUCUAAUGCCUUUCUCUGUCUAUGAGUCUUUGAAUCUAGGUGAGCUCAAAUCAACACCGGUAACUAUCCAAUUAGCGGAUCGCUCAAUAGCUCUUCCUAAGGGUCUUGUGGAGGAUGUCUUGGUUCAAGUUAAUCAUUUGAUAUUCCCCGCGGAUUUCUUUGUGCUUGACAUGGAACCCGAGCCUGUGCCAUAUGACUUACCACUCAUUCUUGGUCGUCCAUUCUUGAGGACUGCUCGCACAAAGAUAGAUGUCUUCGAAGGAACCUUGACCAUGGAAUUCGAUGGAGAUGUUAUAAGCUUCAAUAUCUUUGAAGCUAUGAGGUACCCUAGUGACAUUCAUUCCUGUUUUUCUAUCGAUGCUCUUGAAUUUUUAGUGCAGGACACAUUUGAAGCAAGUGUGGGGGAAGACCCACUCAAGAAAACAUUGGAACUUGGUUUAAGCUCCCAGAAACGAUCGAUCGCAGGGAAUGCAGCGAUCGAUCGUUUGUCGUCUGCCAUAAAAAUCGCUGCUUCUUCUUCUAUGGUUUUUGAUGAUGAAUUGCUUGAAAUAGCUGCUGCCCUUGAUGCUCCACCUUAUAUCCCAGCUAAGUUUAACUCUAAAUUCAUUCCUCUUCCAUUAACUGAUGAAAAACUUGCUCCUUCUGUGAUCCAGGCACCCAAAUUAGAACUGAAACCAUUGCCCGAACACUUGAAGUAUGCCUUUUUGGGAGAGAAUGAGACAUUACCAGUCAUCAUUGCAGCCAAUCUUUCUAUGAAUGAGGAAGAGAAAUUGGUGAGAGUUCUAAGGGAACACAAAUCAGCAAUUGCAUGGAGCAUAGCAGAUAUAAAGGGAAUAAGCCCUUCCAUGUGUAUGCAUCGAAUUCUCUUAGAAGAAGGCACCAAACCAUCAAGAGAGGCCCAAAGACGUCUCAAUCCGCCUAUGAUGGAGGUAGUCAAGAAGGAGGUUCUCAAACUCCUUGAUGUGGGCAUCAUUUAUCCCAUCUCUGAUAGCGAAUGGGUGAGUCCGGUCCAAGUUGUACCUAAGCGUUCUGGCAUCACAGUUGUGAAGAAUGAAGACAAUGAAUUGGUUCCAACCCGAGUUCAAACCGGUUGGAGGGUUUGCAUUGACUACCGCAAACUCAACACGACUACACGUAAGGACCAUUUUCCUUUGCCUUUUAUUGAUCAGAUGUUGGAAAGACUUGCAGGUCAUGCAUACUAUUGUUUCUUGGACGGAUACUCCGGCUACAAUCAAAUUGCUAUUCACCCGGAGGACCAAGAAAAGACAACUUUCACAUGUCCUUUUGGGACAUUCGCAUACCGGAGGAUGCCUUUUGGUCUAUGCAACGCCCCUGCGACAUUCCAAAGGUGCAUGAUGAGCAUAUUUUCUGAUAUGGUUGAAAAGAUCAUCGAGGUCUUCAUGGACGAUUUUUCUCUCUACGGUGACUCUUUUGAUUCUUGUCUAUUUAAUCUAUCUUUAGUUCUUAAGAGAUGUCAAGAAACUAAUCUUGUUUUAAACUGGGAAAAGUGUCAUUUUAUGGUGCAACAAGGUAUAGUUUUGGGUCAUAUUAUAUCUGCUAAAGGGAUAGAAGUAGACAAAGCAAAGAUAGAUCUUGUACGCUCCUUACCACCUCCCACAUCCGUGAAGGAGGUGCGUUCUUUUCUUGGUCAUGCAGGUUUCUAUCGACGUUUCAUCAAGGACCACUCGAAGAUCACAAGACCAUUAUGUCGACUACUUCAAAAAGAUGUCCCUUUUGUCUUCGACAAGGAGUGCAUGGAGGCAUUUGAGAAGCUGAAGAAGAUGUUGACUGAGGCCCCUGUUAUCAUGCCACCGGAUUGGAGCCUUCCCUUUGAGCUUAUGUGUGAUGCAUCUGAUUAUGCCGUGGGAGCUGUGUUGGGCCAAAGAGUUGAAAAGAUCCCUCAUGUUAUUUACUAUGCGUCAAGGACGCUCAACGAUGCCCAACUCAAUUAUUCCACCACAGAAAAAGAACUAUUAGCCGUUGUGUUUGCUUUGGAAAAGUUUCGUUCAUAUCUUUUGGGUACUAAAGUUAUUGUUUUCUCUGAUCAUGCAGCCCUUAGGUACCUACUUACAAAGAAGGAAGCAAAGCCUCGGUUAAUUAGAUGGAUUCUCCUCCUUCAAGAAUUCGAUUUGGAGAUCAAGGACAAGAAAGGAUGUGAGAAUGUGGUAGCUGAUCAUUUGAGUAGGUUGGUGCAUAGUUCGAAGGAGGAAGAAGAUGCACUACCAUUGAAGGAAACUUUCCCAGACGAGCAAUUGUUUGAAAUACAAAAAUUGCCAUGGUUCGCAGACAUCGUCAAUUAUAAGGCAACCAAGCUAGUUCCGGAAAAUUUCACUCGAGCUCAAAAGGAUAAGUUGAUCAAAACCUCAAGGCAAUAUGUUUGGGAUGAGCCAUACUUAUGGAAGUUUUGCGCAGAUCAAUUGGUAAGAAGGUGUGUCCAUGAAUCUGAAACAAGUGGGCAAGCGGAAGUGUCCAACCGUGAAAUCAAGCAAAUCUUAGAGAAGACUGUGGCACCAAAUAGGAAGGAUUGGAGCUUGAGAUUAGAUGACGUCUUAUGGGCUUAUAGGACUGCCUUCAAGACACCCAUUGGCAUGUCGCCCUUCCGAAUUGUUUAUGGUAAGCCAUGCCACUUACCCGUGGAGUUGGAACAUCGAGCAUGGUGGGCGGUAAAGAAAUUUAACAUGGACUUGCACGUUGCGGGCUUGCAUAGAAAACUUCAGCUGAAUGAGCUUGAGGAAAUCCGCAAUGAAGCUUAUGAGAGUGCUAAGAUAUACAAGGAGAAGACUAAGGCAUUUCAUGACAAGAUGAUAAUGAGGAAGACUUUUGUUGUUGGACAAAAAGUCCUUCUUUUCCAUUCCCGCCUUAAAUUAUUUCCUGGUAAGCUUCGUUCACGUUGGAUUGGUCCAUUCGUUGUUACUAAUGUGUUUCAUCAUGGUGCAGUAGAAAUUCAAAGUAACAAGACCGGAAUGAAAUUCAAGGUCAAUGGCCAUCGACUCAAACCUUACUAUGAGUCAUUUGUGGAGCAAGCAGUGGAGGAUGUACCCCUCCAUGAACCCCCUCCCCUUGAGUAAAUCUCUUGGUACACGUCAGGCUGGAAGGACGUUAAAACAAGCGCUUGUUGGGAGGCAACCCAAACUUUUUCGUUUUUAAUUUGAUUCUUGUUAGUUCGUUUUAAUGUGUUUUGUGAGUGUGCAGGUGUACCCAUUAAGAAAGGCUAGGAAGUUUUCCUUUCCUGCUCGAAAACAGAGUGCUGGCUGCGCAGUCAGUCGACUUUGGCUGGCUACCGUUUUUAGCUCCGAUGGAACCAGGAGACGUGCCAUAUAUGCAUAGAAAGCUCUCUGAGUCUAGUUUCUGUACGAUUUUACAGAACUGGAUUCGGAGUUCUGCUGCGUUCCCAGUUCCGAUUUGAAUACAGAAAGGUCAGUCCAGCAAAACAGGGACCUGCGCAAAUUUGCGA